AUUUGUUCGUGUUUGGUUCGUCAUACGCUCGGAAAAAAACUUAAUUGCGUCUGCGUUUAUAUCUCGAUUGUGAAGCUGUGCAGUUAUAAACAUUCGGAAGUUGGUUCUUUCAAGUCUCUCUUUCGGAAGAAAUCGAGUGUUUUGUUGAAAAUGAGUAAUUUCUACGUCUCGCCGGAAAAGCUGUUCGGGAAGAACCCGGCUGAGUGGGUUCUGCAACCCGGAUGUGAAUGUAGUGCCGCGGGCGUAGGAUUCGUUCACGAAGUACAAAAGGGACCGGAAGUCUACGCCGCUAGUGCUGGCGCCAUCCCGGGACUCACACCGGAAGAAACGGCCAUCCUCGCUGGUGUUCUCACGGGACUGGCAACUUUCCUGUUCUUGUUGAUUCCCAUUUUGUGCUGCCUCUGCCCAUUGUCGGGCUGUUGUGGCGCCGGGAAGAAAAAGGCAGCAGCCGCAGCCGCCAGUCAACGGCAAAGUAACAUGAUGAGAUCUGAACACGAGUUUUGGAAUGGCAACAGUUUGGGAAAAGGCGAAAAAAUGGACUACGAAAAUCUGUACGGCGUCGAUAUGAAACUUCCGCGUCCAUGGGUCGACAACUCGAUGAACGGUUCACAUUUCGACAAACAAGAUGGCGAAUGGGAGGGAAUAGACGUGUCUAGGGAUGAAAUAGACGCUGGUUUGCGAGGUGGAAAUGGCCGUAUGGGGGGCGAGGAGUUAGCAGAGCAGUCUGGCAUCGUCACGUACGCCAGUGGGGAGGCCAUGGCGGGUGGUUCCGGUUCCGGUGGUGGCGCCGCCUACACCUCCAUGGAUCGAGGCCGAAGCGGCGGUGACGAAGUGAUCACUGAGUACACGACCACCCGUCGGGUUGAUAUGACCAUCGGGGGCAUGAGCCAGGAAGAGGCGGAGGGGUAUUAUGCCCAGAAUUUCGGCGGUGGACACAACAACGACAUGUCAAAGGAUAACUUCAUGAAAAUCUACUAUCAAUAUCGAGAUGGGUUGAACAGAAAUGGAAACUAAGGGCAACAAAUCUACAACUCCCCAAACGUGGCGACACUUCUAUUUGUUUGUUUUAUCCAUACAUUGUGAUACAUCUCAGCCAAUUUAACAAAAAGGAUUCGGCUCCAUUUUCGUUACAAAUUAUCAUAUGUGACGAUUCUGAAAUUAACUUUGAGGGAGACAACUAUUAUUUUCAUUAUUUGUCGUAAUUUAUCAAGUGCGACUGCUAAACGAAUGAACUAAUGGGGCAACUCAUAGCAAUCGAGUAAAACUUAUCUAUAUUUCAACUAAAAAUGGACUUGUUCUGUAUGUAUUUAUAUUUUCUAUUCUGAAUUUCGUUCUAUUCAAAUACUUGUAAAAACUGACAACUUUUGUUUGGUAUUGACUUAUAAAGGGCGACUACCAUACAACUGAGGUAAAAGGAGACAGUGUUAAAUUAAUAGAUCAAGUGUCGGCUCUGUACGAUCUGUAUAAAUGGAUAUACAUUUUAUUUUGUUUUAAUUAACCAAGGAAGAUUACUCUACCAUUGAGUUCAUCGAUGAAAUGUUUUAUUAAUCAUAAAUGUAUCGCUUGCAAGGGGUUCUACUGAGAACUUUUGAAGAAAACUCUUAUUUUUAUGUUCAAGUGCGAGAACUCUGUCAUACAAAUAGUGUUCUGUCCUUUGUACUGUAUUUACUUGCACUUACUGUAUUCUAUUGAUGCGUUCCUCUUUUUUUUACAGCUACUUCAAUAAACUUACGCAUGUAUUUGUUGCGACAAUUAAAGAUU